CGAGAGACACAAAGAUAUGAGCUCCCGAGAGCAAGUUGCGAAGUAAACACGUCCCGGGGUUAUCUGAAGCUAUUUGUAUAACUGCUCCUCGGUGCUUUUCGAUUCGCAUUCCGUUCGGUGAACGCAGCUCAUUUGACACGGAUCUUAACUACAUAAAACAUGAAGGCAGUUCUCCUCUUAUUCGUGCUGGCGUGUGCUCUGGCCCUUGCCUACGGCGACCUGGUGUGUGGCACCAAGUACUGCGACCAGCACCCGUGCACCGCCCCCGUGAAGGCCCAGAGCUGCCAGUCUCCGUCCAAAUACGUUGAGAAGCACUCCGGCAAGUGCGCCUGCUGCCCUGCUUGCGUCACACAGCUCGCGGAAGGCGCGAGAUGCAAGACCUACAGCAAGGAGUUGGGCGAGACUCCGUCCGCCGUGUGCGCUUCGCCGCUCGUGUGCGUCGGCGGCGUCUGUACCAAAGUUCAGAGAAGGAACUGAGAUAUGAAUAUGAAUAACAUGCAAUAAAUGCUUACUAAUUCAAA